AGCUGGCGAUAGUCGCGUUUUUGCCCAUCACUAGAGCCAACAUCCAAAACAAAUUUGUUGUUUUUAUACCCAAAUCUUCAUCUGCAUCGGCUAUUCGGCAACAAUGAAUGCGAAUGCAGCGGAUGUAGUGAAACUGAAAUGCAGAACAUGCCUGGGAGAGUGCGAAGAGGAUACCAUGACGUCUCUGUUUGAAGUGGACGAGUUGGACGGCGGAAGUGAAGAUCUCAGCGACAAGUUUCAGCUCUGUUGUGGAAUUAAGGUUCGCAGCUCUCCUCGACUACCAGGAAAGGUGUGCAGCAAGUGCCGUGACUUCGUUCAGAUGUGGUUCAGCUUUCGCCAAAUGGUUCUAAAUUCCCAAGUUUAUUUGGAGACUUGCUCGUCGGAUGGGGAGCAGACCGAGGAGUUCAAGGAAGCCAACAAUAGCGAGUUUAUGGACUAUAUGUACCAGGACCUACAAGAAAAUUGUGUCCUUGAAAGUGAGUACCCGGAUGACAGCCCCCAGGAGGAAAUUGAGGACAUAACUGCCCAGUAUCAAGAGAUUCUCGACGGUUUUAACUAUGUCACGGAUACUGGGGAGCUGGUGAACGAUGAGCUAGAAACGGGUGCCGAUGACCAAGCCAAGGAACUGACUCCUGAACUGUUGGUUGUAAAUGUUCAGCCAUUUGAAGCUGAUGAAACCAUCGAGGCCGAAUUAGUUGAGGAGUCUGUCAUGGUGAAGGAGGACUACUGCGAUGAUGAUGAUUUUGCGGGGAGUAACACAGACUUCCUGUCGCCCACACCGUCGCCAGAACCGAAUCCCAGCACUGAGAGCAAACGCAGGCCAGGCAGGCCCCGCAAGCCAGACAAUGAACUGAAAUGCAAGCGCAAGAUCAAAACUCCUGGACAGCCCGCAACAGAGCUUAAAAGCGCGCCCUCGAAAUUCAUGUGCAAUAUGUGUGGCAAUGUCUAUACAAAGAAGUCCACGUUUACCUCACACAUGAUGACCCACGUCGACUACAAGCCCCACCAGUGCGAAAUCUGCGACAAAGCCUUCCGUCAGAUGGGAGAGCUGCGUGCCCACAUUCGUCGGCACACGGGCGAGCGCCCGUACAAGUGUAUGUAUUGCGAGCGACACUUUUACGACCGCAGCGAAAGGGUGCGCCACGAGAGAGUCCACACCAACACGCGCCCUUACGAGUGCAAGGAGUGCGGCAAGGCCUUUACGCACACAGCCAUCCUCAAGAACCACAGUCUGGUGCAUUCCGGCGAAAAGAACUACAAUUGCGCCGUAUGCUCCAAGUCAUUCACCCUGAUGCACCAGCUGAAGGCCCACCAACAGACAAUAGUCCACAGAACCAUGGUAGAGCAGGCCAUGGCAAAUUCCACGGCCUACACAUAGCAUUAGACAUUUCUUAAGGUAGAUUAAUGCAAUACAUAAGCUAGACUAAUAGGA